ACCUGACCUAAACACUUGUGCUUCUCUUGAGUUUCCUCAUCAAUCAUAGUUUCGUCAUUGCAUUUGUCCUUUUCUUUUUUACUUUUCAUUUUCUAAACACAAAAUUCUACAAGCUGAUGAGUUUGGUUUUGUUGUGGCCGUCCAUGUUUUACUUCUGCGUGUGAAAAUCGUGUAAAAUCUGAUGCUUUUGACUGGGGAUGAUUUCAUCUCGUCGUUGACUAGCAAAAGUUUUUAAUUUGUCGGCGCGUUUUUAUAUUUCUUGAUUUCAAGCGAAUACAAAAAAUAUAUAUGUAUAUAUUUGUUUACGUUUCUUGAUAGUUUGAUUUUUUAUAUAAUUGCCUUACAAGGAAGAUAUUUUAUUGCAUGCGAUGAUGGAUGAAGCGAAGAUCGUUUAAAGAAGCAGGGAGGUUCAGAAACUUGGAAAUGCUCCAAAGUCAGGGUCUGAUUUUAGUUAUUGCUUUGUCUGUACUUCAAAAGAAGAUUUAGUGAGUAGCACAUUGUUGUUUGGUUCUGAUGGUGCUUUCUUGCAAUAUCAGGAAAUUUCUUCAAUUUAGGUAGAUUUUAUGUAGAAUAGUUCAAUAAUGUCAUUAAAGAUGGAAUCUAAACUAGGUACACCAAGUGUCUUAGCAAGAUUAAUGGGUCUUGACGAGCCGUCACAUCAUCAGCCUGUCCAGAAAAAGCAAAGAGUGCUUUCUGAUAAUUAUCUAAGGAGAGUUGCUUCUAUUGGUGUGAGCGAGAAGUGCCACUCUUUUCGGUUGAGCUUUGAAGAGAAGAAAGAAUUUAAGGAUGGUUCUGAAGUGCUAGGAAAAUUAAAGAGAGAGAAGGAUUACAAUCUGUCAGUUAAAAACUCAGUGGAUAUGCAGCUUCACUCUUCAAAGGAAGGACAUGAUGCAUUGGGAGUUGUGGAUUAUAAAAAGAACCUAUCAGCAAAGGAUCUCCAGAAACCAGAUUCUUUGGUCACCAAGCAUCACCAUGAUCUGCAAGGUAUUCAUUACUCUUCUCAAUCUGGUUGCGUUAAAGUCUUGAGAUCGUCAUAUGCUUUAUAUUCUCGAAAGACUGAUACAUGCGGUAAACAUGGGAGGGGCAUUGUUCAAGGAAGUGAGAAAGCAGUUCAGAAACUUGGUCUUGGUAAUAUAGACAAGUUUGUGAGAUCUCCAAUGGAAUUGGAGAAUGGAACAUGCCUUCCCCCAACAAAGAUUGUUGUUUUGAAACCAAUCCUUGGAUCCAGUUCUAAUGGGAAUUCUUAUUCAAUUAGUAUGAAAAAUAAAGAAUUUCUUAGUCAUGAAGAAGGAGAUAUAUAUGUUGAUGAGCAAGAAAGGAAGAAUUUGGCCAGAGAGGAGGGACCUGAUAGAUUGAUUUCCAGACAAGUAGGGCAUGGCAAAAACAAAUUGUCCAGAAAGGCAUCAAGGACAGGAAGCAGAGAUAGUGACACACUUAGAAAAGAGUCUGGGCUCAUGAUGCCAUUUUCUUCCCCUAGUUCCUCUUACUGGAAAAACCAAAACAGACCCACAUUUUACUAUUCUGACAGUUCUUAUGUGGCUAGGCAAGCCAAGAAGGAGAGUUUAGAUAGAUGGAAAACUACUGAAAGGUUUCAAGAAGUUGAAGUGGGUGACGGGUCCCGAACUCUGGGUGAAAUGCUUGCUGUGCCUGAUUGUGAAUUGAGGCCCAGAAGUUUGGAUGUCAGAUCUGGUGAGCAGGGCAAUAGCAGCAGGAUUGGUCCUCACAGAGACUACUUUAUGAAGCCUCUGGAAUCUGCUAAUAGGUUGCGACAGAGAUUUAGGAAGCAAGGUCAUUAUCAGAAAGAUGGUUUAAAAUCUACAAUCUCAGGUUCCAGCUGCAUGAAGUAUAGAAAUGGUUACUUAGUACAAGAUGAUUGUGUGUUCCAGGUUGAGCUGAAGAGAAAACUAGAGGAGAAAGAUCCAUGUGGUGAUAUUUGCCCUGAUUCAGAACAUAGAUGCACCAUCCAAGAGAGUAUGGCCAUUCAGAAAGAGUUGAAGAAUAAGACUCAGGAAAAAGUUGUAUCUGAACAAAAUUUUGUUAUUACUAAGUCAUCUGCAUUCAGAGUUGCCUCUGACAAUAUGGUUUCUGAGAUGGUGACUGAUGCAGAAAAUGAUUUUGUCAGUAGGCCUUCAGGAAAUCACAAGGUUCAGGAUUUUGAACCCAGAGACUGCACAUCAUUGGUGGAAGAUGACGAUUCUUCUUCUCAAGUUCCUGAUACUUCAAGUGAACAGGAUAUGUCGUUUGGAAUAUCUCAGGAAGAUUCCUUUUCUUCAAUAUGCUCUUGCACAGACUUUGAAUCUCUUGUGAACGCAGAGGCAGGAUAUCAGCCUAGUCCAAAUUCAGUGCUUGAACCACCAUUUGAGAAAGGGAUUUCAUCUAGCCUUGAAUGCUUUCAGGGUGCCAAAACUGAUUUGCACGGUUUGCAGCUGCAACUUGAACUAUUGAAACCAGAGUCCUUGGAAGCAUACUCUGAAGAAGAUGGGAUGAUUGUGUCAAGUGAUGAUGAUUCCAAGGAGGGAUCUGUACAGAAUUCUGGGGUUUAUAAGGAGUUUGUGAGAAUAUUCAGCGUUGAAGAGAGCAGGGAUUUCUCCUACCUUGUUGAUGUCUUCACUGAGGCAGGUUUUCAUGGUAAGAACUCAGAUUUGGGCUAUGAGACAAGGUGUUCUUCUGAAUUUCCAAUAAGCCCUGCAGUGUUUGAGAUGCUAGAGAAGAAGUAUGGUGAGCAGAUGUCUUGGAAGAGGUCAGAGAGGAGACUUCUGUUUGAUCGUAUAAAUUUAAAACUGAGUGAUAUUCUUCAGACAAGCAUUGGGAUGCACUGGACAAAACCUCUACUGAGAAGACUUUGCUUUAGGAAAAGCCUUGAGGCAGUUGAGGAAGAACUGUGGAUGUCGCUUGUUCGUCAUGAUAAGCAAGCAAACAAGGAUUCACCUGUGAAAGUGCUGGGACAGGAUGAUGGAUGGUUAGAGUUGGGAGAUGAUAUUGAGGUAAUUGUUACUGAUAUAGAGUGUUCGUUGAUUGAUCAGUUAGCUGAAGAGGUUGUUGGAAUCAAUAGUUUUUGAUAGCAUAUUUUUUGUGUUUCUCGCAGUUUUAGCAGACUGUCAUAUUUGUUUUAUCAGUACCACGUGAGUUUUUGCAUGCAUAUAUACAUUUUUUUGUCAGAUCAUAUAGAAUCAGAACCACAGGAUUAUAAUAGAGAGGAGCUUUUUUUUCUUCUCUUUUUUCACCAAUUCAUUUAUGAUUUAUGUAUCCUCAAGACCAUGAGUAAGUUAUGUAAAUAGGCAGAGUUUUGAUCUUGUAAGGUUUGGAAUCACUGUAUUAACAUUCAUGUGUCUUCAUUAAGUUGAAGGAAAAAAAGUUAUGGUUUUGUACA